AGCCCAUCAAACAGGAUCCAACAGAGAGCAAAGAUAGCAGAGAGAGCUAGUGGAAGCCACCGGAGCAGUAAAGGUUACCUUUUCAACAUCCGUCUUCAUCCGCGGACAUUCUAACUACAGAGGCUCCAAAAGCAGCAGGAGCAGAAAGUACACGUUUAAACCUUUUCAACGAACACAAUAUUGAUACAAUAUGAGGAUAGUAGCGUUUUAAAAGAAGGGGCGAAAGAUUGUGAGAGCCGCCUUCAUCCUGAGACAACCUUCAGAAGACAUAGUCCGCCGCCUGAGAAGCUUUUCUGUGCUUGUUCUUCCGUGUUUCGAUUUUAAACGGACGUGGGCUUUGAAAUUGUACCUUUUUUACAUAUUUUGGAGCUAGCGAGCUUGCUUGCUAGCCUAUCACAGUCCUUACCAUGGAGCUGAGAGUGGGAAACCGAUACAGACUGGGCAGGAAAAUUGGAAGUGGAUCGUUUGGAGAUAUCUAUCUAGGUACUGAUAUCUCAGUGGGCGAGGAAGUAGCCAUCAAACUGGAAUGUGUGAAGACCAAGCACCCCCAGCUUCACAUAGAGAGCAAGAUCUACAAGAUGAUGCAGGGUGGAGUGGGUAUUCCAACAAUAAAGUGGUGUGGCGCAGAAGGCGACUACAAUGUGAUGGUGAUGGAGCUGCUGGGGCCCAGUCUGGAGGAUCUGUUCAACUUUUGUUCUCGGAAGUUCAGCCUCAAGACAGUCCUGCUUCUGGCAGAUCAGAUGAUCAGCCGCAUUGAAUACAUUCACUCCAAGAACUUCAUUCACAGAGAUGUGAAGCCAGAUAAUUUCCUGAUGGGUUUGGGGAAGAAGGGCAACCUGGUCUACAUCAUCGACUUCGGCUUGGCCAAGAAAUACCGCGACGCCCGCACACACCAGCACAUCCCCUACCGCGAGAACAAGAACCUGACUGGCACGGCCCGCUACGCCUCCAUCAACACCCACCUGGGCAUUGAACAGUCCAGACGGGACGAUUUGGAGUCGCUGGGAUACGUCCUCAUGUACUUCAACCUGGGUUCUCUUCCCUGGCAGGGUCUCAAAGCCGCCACCAAGAGGCAGAAGUAUGAACGCAUCAGUGAGAAGAAAAUGUCCACUCCCAUCGAGGUUCUCUGCAAAGGAUACCCCUCCGAGUUCGCCACAUACUUGAACUUCUGCCGCUCUUUGCGGUUCGAUGACAAGCCUGACUACUCGUACCUUCGCCAGCUCUUCAGGAACCUCUUCCACAGACAGGGCUUCUCCUACGACUAUGUCUUUGACUGGAAUAUGCUCAAAUUUGGUGCCAACAGAGCCGUGGAGGAUGCAGAGAGGGAGCGCCGGGAGCGGGAGGAGAGACUGAGGCCCAGUAGGAAUCCCGGGCCCAGGGGCAUGGCCUCUGCCUCUGGAAGAGCUAGAGCGGCUCAGGAUGUUGCAGCCCCCUCCCCACUCAAUUCCAACCCACACACAGGGUUGGAGAAAGAGAGGAAAGUGAGUAUGCGUCUCCAUCGCGGGGCUCCUGUGAACAUCUCCUCCUCAGAUCUGACAGGGCGCCAGGACACAUCCCGCAUGUCCUCACAGGCUCUGUCCCGGGUGACGCCCAGCGGCCUCCAGUCUGCAGCUCCUCGAUGAGCCCUCCCUCCCGUCUUUGCACCACGGAGGCCUCAACAUGCACCACCUGCAGCACACACACACAACACACACAUACACUGGACUCCUAAAUGACACCACACACCAAGCAAUGUGCAAUAGUCUGACUGCACUCGCCACAUGACCCAGGAAGCGUUGCACAACCCGAGUGUUGGUGUGUGUGUGGUGGGUGGAAGCAGUGUGGUUGCAUUAACCACCUCAGCAAAGGAGCAGCCACAGCCUCACUUUUUCUCCUCCUCCCACGAAAGCUGGGGAAACACUCACCCUCGUCUUUACUGUUAAAGAAGCCAUGGAUUCACUUUUUCUGACGGCUUUUUUUUUUUUUUUUUUGGUUUUAACUUUGGUUUUAUUCUUUAGCAUUAAAACUCUCCAACACCAGCUCCACUGGUAAGACUUUAGAAAGGUUUGAAUAGGGAGAUUGACAAAACUUUAAAUAUUAAACAUGUGUGUGUGGAACUUUUGUAACUAAGAACGUGAGUUAAGACACAGAUUUAUUGUGGCAGUUAAAAGGAAAAUGCCUCAAUUUUAUUUUGUGUCCUGAAAGAUUCAAGACGAAACCUUUUCUCUUUUUUUAGGUGUUUGAUGUUUAAUUAUGACGAUAGGAUGAACCAUUUUAAAAUGGGAUGAAAGGCCUUCUGAUGUUCUCCUCAAAGGUUUUCCCAUUCUUUUUUUUGUUCCUCCUCAGGUGUGUAGGAGCAGUGGAUGUUGUAGUUAAUCCAAAACAUGCAGCAUGUUUCUGUCUGUCGCUGCUUAGAAAAAAGCUGUGACUGGAACAGUAAAAUAGUUGGAACUGGUUCCACGCUGAAUGGAUGAGACGUUCACCUGUUGCGUAGUGAUGUGGAUUUAGUUUUUGUGUGUUUCGUCCAGUUCUAACUUCUUCGUCUACUAGCCUCACCCUAGACUUAUCUGUCCAUUAUGAGUUCGCUAUGAGACGCGAUGCUGUUUGCUCUGACCUAGAACCUCAUAAUAAAUCUCUUAUCACUGACUUGGACCAAAAUUCCAACUUCAGCAAACAGUGGUUUCACAUUUACAUUGUACUUCACAUUUCAAGUUUGUGGAGUUGCCAAAUCCACAGCUGGUCAGAUUCAUGACAAUUUGAAGCAUUAAUUGUUGGAAGACAUAUUGCUUCUUUAAGAAGAUCAUGUUUGUCCAUGACCUGAUUCAGAUGAUUCAAUAUUGAUCAUGUGCCAUUACACAACAUUUUAUAAUGCUGUUAAAUAGAAUGGCUUUAAUGAACCUGCCUUUGUCAGCUGGCAUGUCUCUUCUGACAGCUUUACAAAAUACAAAAUCCUUUGAAGCAGACUUCUGGUUUUAAGUCCGGCUGUGGUCUGUGUUGGAGCUUGGCUGUAAUAAGCUGAGUCGUUUUUCACAGAAUUCAACAGUUGCCACCUCAAACAAUUUACAAUGGCUAAACUCUACACACUCUACUGGGGAAAUUAAAGCUGGAGCAUAUGCAGCACAAAUGGGUAAGAGAUACAGUGGACUGUAAAUAAAUCAGGCCCAAAGUAACCAACUCAGUGAAACCAUAGAUUAUAUCUGCUUUCCAACUUACAUGUACUCUGGGAAGGUCAGAGGAGAGAGAAGAUGGACCGUGUGAUUAAUCAACGAAUUUGCUGUUGUCUUAAUAAAGUCUGAUGCCGACUUGUCUUUGGAGGAGCUGGGCGACCCGACCAAUUCUGGCCUGAUGUGCAGAUAGUAACUAGAAGAUUUUUAAUGUCGUAGACUGGUUGCAAAGUAUUGUAGAGCAUUUUCUCUAGUGGAAAGAAGAGACUGUAGUGAUCAUUGUACAUUAGUUCUAUCAUGUUGGAUGUGCCUACUCUGAACCUCAUCCACGCAAACCAUGGAUGAUGGCAGUGUACGGAGGAACUGGAGGUUCUUCACUGUUCAAGUUCCUGAAGAGUUCUGUUUUUAAAUACGCUUAACGUGGGUUUGUUUGUCAGGCUGAUGGUACAUGAACGUACACAUACCUGGGCUGUUUCUCAGCCCUCAUGUCUUUAGUCACUUCUUGUUUUUGUCGACUGUUUUGCUUUGAGCAGUACAGUGGAGAUGGUCGCACAACACAUCUCGUCACUGUGAAUUUAUGGGAACUGUCUGUUCCCAUUACACCGUUCUCUUAUUUGUAUUGCCACUGUAUCUGUAUUUUAAAAUUGUGUAAAUAAAUUAAUAAGUACUUA